AUGGGCUCACUCAGAUCAUUCAUCAAGGCUGUGAGAAAAGCCAAGACCAUUGCAGAUGAACGUGCAGUCAUCCAAAAGGAAUCGGCCUCAAUCCGUACAUCCUUUAGAGAUGUACAACUCGACCACACCAGCAGACGAAUAAACAUAUCCAAACUCUUGUACCUCUACAUCAUGGGCGAAAAAACACACUUUGGCCAAGUUGAAUGCUUGAAAUUAUUAGCUUCUCCAAGAUUUGCCGAUAAACGAUUGGGGUACCUUGCAUGUAUGUUGAUUUUGGAUGAAAACCAAGAAGUACUCACAUUGUUGACCAACUCCUUGGAUAACGAUAUGCAACACCCCAAUGCAUAUAUUGUUGGAUUGGCAUUGACGUGUCUUGGUAACAUUGCAUCACCAGAAUUGGCGAGAGAUUUAUACACCAAUGUGGAAACGAUUUUGGAUUCAAAAAAUACAUUUUUGAAAAAGAAGGCAUGCUUUGUUGCUGCAAAAUUGGUGGAAAAAGAACCGGACCUUGCCGAAUUCUUUGUUCCUAAAGCAUUAAGCUUGAUUAAUGAGAAAAACCCUUCGGUGUUAUUAGGUACUCUCUGCUUAAUUCAAGCAUUAUACAAUAAUGCAUCCGAUGAAUUUGGAGACGAAUUGGUUAAUGUUUUGCCCAAGGUUGUUAACCAUUUAAAGAGAGUUACCACUAGUGGGUACCAACCAGAUUAUGAUGUUAUGGGCACCACCGAUCCAUUUUUGCAAGUUAGUUUAUUGUCGACUAUAAGAACUUUGGCUGUGGGAGGAGCUAGUUUAGGUUCAGGUUCAUAUUCAGGUUCAGCACCCAGUCAGAAAAUCAAUGAGGAAAUCAAUGAUAUUCUUACUCAAGUUGCUUCCAAUUUGGAUAGUGGCAAGAAUGCAGCACACGCAAUACUCUACGAAUGUGUCAAGACCAUAUUUGCAAUUAAUUCUGACCAAUCAUUACGUAUUUUGGGUGUCAACAUCUUGGGUAAAUUCCUUGCAACAAAGGACAACAACACAAGAUACGUUGCAUUGGAUACAUUAUUAACGAUUGUCGCUAUUGAGCCAUUGGCCGUGCAAAGACACAGAGCAACCAUUGUCAAUUGUCUUACAGAUGGUGAUAUCUCCAUUAGGAGACGUGCGUUGGAAUUAUCAUUUGGUAUAAUCAAUGAGCAAAAUAUAAGAGUAUUGGCAAGAGAAAUACUUGUGUUUUUGGAAAAUUGUUCCGAUGCAGAGUUGAAGACGUAUGUCACGUCGCAAUUGACAAUUGCUGCAAACAAGUAUUCUCCAAAUGACAAGUGGCAUUUCGACACUCUUAUCAGAACAUUAAAGGCUGGCGGGAGCUCGGUUACUCAGGAUAUCGUUUCAAAUAUCCUUGCAUUGAUUUUACAAUGCAAUGACUCUGAAUUAAGAAAACACGUUGUCUCGAGCUUGUUAUCGCAUUGCUUGGAUGAUCAGAACCAGUUUGGGUUGUCAUUGAUUACUAUUUGGUCCUUGGGUGAAUAUGGUGAUAUAGUAUUGGGAACCCAAGUAGAACUAAAUGCAAAACAACCGACAAAAGACUCAUCAGUAGUAUUUGUGGAAGAGUCGACUAUUAGCGGGUUAUUUGACAAGAUCUUGGAUAACUCUGUUUAUACCGAGCACGAGCGCAUUCAACUUACUGCAUACCUCUUGACAGCGGCAUUGAAACUAUCUGUCAAGUUCAAAAAUAGCAAAGUGAUUGAGCAUUUGAGACAGCUCAUCAAUUCAAAAACUUAUGAUUCGAAUUUGGAAAUACAGAUUAGAGCAGUAGAGUACCAGGAGAUUUUUGGUCAAGAUGCAGCAUUAAAAAGAGGUCUUUUAGCAAGAAUGCCACCACCUCCAGUAAAGAUGAGGCAAUCGCUUUCCUUGCACCUGACCAAUAAUAAUAAUAAUAACAACAACAAUAACAGUUCUACUAGAAAAAGCGGUGCUACAACUGGUGCCAAAACUGGUGGACUUGCAGGUAACGCGUCACAACAGGAUAAUUUGCUUCUUGAUUUAAUAGAUACUGGUGACGACGAUGUCCCUGCUUCAGCUCAAAACGAUGUGCUAUCGGACAUUUUUGGCGAUAGUACACAAUCGUCUUCACACUUUACUGCUUCAACACCACCCAAAACGGCAAUACAUGCAUUUGAAAAUACCAAUAUCAAGGCCAUGUUUGUGCCACGAGAGUUUUCUGGUCAAGGCGAAGCCACAAUUGAAGCAAUCAUCACCUCAACGAAUCAAAGCACCAAGAUUGAACAGUUUCAGCUUCUAAUUGCAGUACCGAAAUCACAAAAGCUAAACAUCACUUCGACUUCUGGUGGAGAUUCUCUUCGUUUUGGCCAGGACCAAAUAAAUCAAAUUUUGAAAAUCUCGGGUAAACCCGGCGCCAAAUUAAAACUUCGUGUAAAGCUCAAGUAUAGGAUGAACGGCAACACUGUUGAGGACCAAUUUGAUUUUGCUGGGUUCGAAAAGACUUUGUAA